ACCACUGGACUACCGAUUCGCUUUCAUGUUUCUAAAAAAUCCCACCGGCCCCAUUUCACGAGAGCCUCAUUCAUAGGCAACCAACGUCAAGCAUCACCACUCAUUGCAAAGCGCACUCACAAAAGUCACUCUUUUCGGAAAUCGUUUGCACCUUUUAAUCCCAAGAUGCAGCUCAACUUUGCCCUCCCCGCCCUCCUGGCCGCCCGCUUCGUCGCGGCGAUUGACUUCACAGACUACGACCCCCAGCCCGGCGUGCAACCCGAGUUCAAGGCCUUUCUCAAUGCCCUCGUCACUCCUGCAGAAGAUCCCACCGCCACCACGGCGUACACCGACUUCUUCACCGCGGACGGCAUGCAGACGACGCUGAGCAUCCACUGCGUCGGCGCGGAUGCCAUUACCAAGUGCAAGCAGCGGUUUUUGCCUACCGAUGGCAGCAUGUCUCUUACUCACUUCCCCAACACAACGUUCAUCGCAGACAACAAUGCGACGGCGACUGUCUAUGAGGCUCACGGGCGCAUCGAGAAUAACUUCAAGGCGGGCAGCUGUUCGCAGAUUUACUACAAGACGCAGUACACUGUUCUCAAGACGACUCAGGGUGUCGACGAGGCGCCGAAUCUGUCCACCAAGCCUGAGAAGCAGGUGUACUGGUACCACGACUACUUUGUCAACCCGACGGGUGUGCCCUCCAAUAUCCCUUGCGAUAGCUUGAAGGGGUGAUUGUGGAGUUUAUUGUCUGGUAUUUAAUAUACAUAGCGUCCCGCAUUAUGAAAAUCUGGAC